AUGGCGAAUACAUCUGUGGCGCUCGGCUUAGCAAGACCAAGGGAGAAUGUUAGGGAUGGAAGUAAGGGGGUUGGGUUAGAUGUCAACGUUAAUCGUCACAAUUGUAGGUUCUGGGCAUCAGAGAAUCCACAUCGGUUUUUGGAAUCACAUACGCAACAUCCACAAAAACUAAAUGUUUGGGCAGGUAUACUAAACGAUAGAAUAGUAAAGGCGUUUUUUAUAGAACGAAAUUUGACAGGAAAAAAGUACCUAACCAUGUUGAGGAAUGAAAUCGUACCUGUGAUAAAUGAGAUUGCCGGUGAUAAUUUUAACAUCACUUACUUCCAACAAGAUGGAGCUGCCCCUCAUUAUGCAAUAAAUGUACGUAAUUAUUUAGACGAAACAUUUCCAGGACGAGUGAUUGGACGCAGAGGAACUAUUGAAUGGCCUCCUCGAUCCCCUGACAUGUCGCCACUAGAUUAUUUUUUAUGGGGCUACUUCAAAAACAAAGUGUAUGCUACAAAACCUGCAAACUUGGAGGAUUUACGACAACGUAUUAUUAACAUGAUGCAGGCAAUCCCAAAUGAUAUGAUUCAAAGGGCAGCUUCAGCAUUUUAUGAUCGCAUGGGGCAUUGUCAACUAAAAAAUGGAGGACAUUUCGAGCAAGAACUUUAA